CACAAUUCAAUGAUUUGUGUAUGUAUUUUGUAGUAAUUCUAAAAUAUUUGAAUCCAACGUCACUUUCUUUUUUUUAAUUUGUAUUUUUUAACGACACCAACGGGAUGAGUUUGAUUUUGAGGCGGCCUCUCCCAGUGCUUUUGAGUUGAUGUCUUUCGCCCCCUGCUGGAUACUAUGAUGCUCACGAAACACGUUACAUUAAAUUUGAAUUUAUGUACAGCUGCAACAAUUUAUUACGACUAUUUUUUUAACUGACCCAAUUUUUAACCUAAUUCUUUGGGGAGGGAUCAUUUUUCCUUCAACACUAUUACUGCUGCUGCUGCUAGUAAUAUGAUUACUUCUGAUGUAUUUUCCUCGCAAAUGGGCUGUUUUGUUACAAAUUGCAUUCUUUUAUUUUGAUUAAUAGUAAUCUCAUUCUAAUUGUAUUUUUGUGAGUUGUUUUUUAAUUCAGUGAGUAGUCUUUCAUAUUUGUUCUGAAAUCUAUUACAGCCGUUCAUGCCAUGUAAACGGGCGUGCGGUGUUACUAUAGGCAGCGCGCUGUAGUCCUAACUGUAGUCCUGUAACCUGUAUCUGCAGCUGGAUCAAACAAAGGGAAUGUCCUGCUUCUCGGCUGCGAGAACAGAUGGCGGCUGGAACCUGGUGAAUAAGCAGAAAACAGAGGGAGUGGACGCGGAUGCGGAUCAUGAGGGCUGCAUCACUUGAAGCGUCAUGUGGCUGGUGAUGACUCAAUCUGGCGUUGAGGAUGAGAGCACUUUGUGGAUAUUUGGUUGUUUUCUACGCGCCAUUUGAAGCAGCUUAAUCCUCAAAGGGUGGCGGUGUGGAUUUCUAGUCUGCUGUGUCUCCCUCCUGCGGACGCGCAGUUCCACUCAUCCGACGCAGGGAGGGAGGAGAGGGGCGAUGGCCGCCGGUGGAGCAGCGGGAGGAUGCGGAGACACGGUGGAGCGGUGUCGGGCCGAGGUGGAGCGCCUUACUCGGGAGCUGGCGGAGGCCAACCGCGAGAAGAUCCGGGCGGCGGAGUGCGGGCUGGCGGUUCUGGAGGAGAACCAGAGCUUGAAGCAGCAGUGUGCCGAGCUCGAGGCCGAUCAGGAGGCUCUGAGGCUGGAGUUGGAACAGCUGCAGGAGGUGGGCUCAGCAGGGGCAUUUGGUCAGGCCUACUCCACCCAGCGUAAGGUGGCCGAGGAUGGCGAGACCAACGAGGAGACACUGCUGCAGGAGUCUGCUACCAAGGAAGCUUACUACAUGGGCCGGCUCUUGGAGCUUCAGGCCGAGGUCAAGCACAGCCAGGCCACUGCGGCCAAUGCACAAGCCGACAAUGACCAUCUGAGCUGCCUGCUACAGGAGUUACGAGAGCAGAGUAAUGAAAUGUUGGAGCUACAGCGUAGCCGCAUGCGAGAAGAGAUCGGGGAGUACAAGUUUCGAGAGGCAAGGUUGAUUCAGGACUACACGGAGCUGGAAGAGGAAAACAUUUCUCUGCAGAAACUGGUUUCAACCCUCAAACAGAAUCAGGUGGAAUAUGAAGGCUUAAAACAUGAAAUCAAGGUUUUGGAAGAAGAGACAGAUGUUCUUGACAGCCAGUUGCAGGAUGCGCUGCGUUUGAAGGACAUCUCUGACUCCCAUCUGGAGGAAGCACUGGAGUCGCUGAAGAGCGAGCGUGAGCAGAAGAAUCACAUGCGCAGAGAGCUGGUUCAUCAUCUGAGCAUGUGUGAUGUGGCGUACACUGGCAGCGCACACCUGACGUUCACGUCGGCACCACCCAGCGGCACAGCUACUCCUACAACUUUGCUCUCGCCAACCGCAGAAAAUCCGUUAAGAUGUAAUGGCCAUGUCCAAGGUGCAACACAAAUGGCCACAGCUUCAGCGACGGUGGCUGGUGCUAACAGAGAAUGUCGGAGUACGAGUCGUAAAACCGAAGGUGUGGCGACGUCAGACCUCUUCAGCGAGAUGAACCUGACAGAGGUUCAGAAGCUCAAGCAACAGCUGUUAAUCGUGGAACGUGAGAAAAUAGCACUCAUAGACAGUUUGCAGGAAUCCCAGACGCAGCUCAAACACACCCAGGGUGCUCUGUCUGAACAACACGAGAAGACCCUCCGCCUUAGCCAAAAGGUCACCGCCCUAUGCCGCGGACAGCAAGGGGCCCAGACCAGUUUUGAUUCUCUGCUCAACCCCGAAGACCUUAAGGGACUUGACCAUGAGAAAACCGAAGUUGGGGACGAAAAUGAGGAUGAGCAUGGCACAGUGUGUAAAAGUCCAGUAUUUCCAUACCAGUCACCAGGUUUGGAGAUCUUGCAAUGCAAAUACCAGGUGGCUGUGACCGAGGUGGUUGAGCUCAAGUCGGAAGUGAAAGCCCUGCGGGACAGGUUGGCUCAGUGUGGGGAAGCGCAUGAGAAGCCAAGAGGAAAUGCUCUGCAACAGAGACUGGAGAGGAAGGUAACAGCAUUAGAAAAGAGCUGCCACGAGGGGAAAGAGAAGAUUUCUAGAUUGGAGGCUGAGUUGCAGGCGGCUCAGUCGGCAGCCGGUGAGAGCCAAGGGGCUUUAAAUGCAGCUCAGGAUGAACUGGUGAUGCUGAGUGAGGAGCUUGCCCAGCUCUACUACCAUGUCUGUCUCUGCAACAACGACACACCCAACCGUGUCAUGCUGGACUACUACAGACAGGGCAGGGGGCUCAGGGGCCUUUCCGCCACUCUCAAAGCCAUGUCUGCCGACAACAGUAAAGUUCUCCUCACGCCACGCCUUGCCAGGAGACUGGCCACCGCUACUUCCACAACCUCAACUUCCGGGGAGUCCCGGAGUCCCUCCGAGUCUCCGUCCAAAGAACCGCUAUCCGGUGGGGAUAGAGGGAGAGACAGUAAAGAGGGGGACAAGGAGCUUAUUCGGGGUCAAUCGGAGCAAAGCCUGACUUCCUACAGUCCUCCGACCCGGUCACCUAGCAUCAGUGCCUCAUCAUCGUCCUCGUCAUCCUCAUCGCCCGCCUUGGAGCCAGCUGGUGAGCUACGAAGAGAGCCCUUGAACAUCUACAACCUCAACGCCAUCAUCCGAGACCAGGUAAAGCACCUGCAGAGAGCAGUGGAUCGGGCUCUUCAGCUGUCCAGGCAGAGAUCUGCAGCAAGGGAACUGGCUCCUUUGCUUGACAAGGACAAAGAAAGCUGUUUGGAGGAGAUCCUGAAGCUGAAGUCUCUGCUCAGCACCAAGAGAGAGCAGAUAGCCACUCUCCGGCUGGUCCUCAAAGCUACCAAACAGACAGCAGAGGGGGCUCUUACUAACCUGAAGAGCAAGUAUGAGGCAGAGAAGUCAAUGGUGACCGACACAAUGACAAAGCUAAGGAAUGAGUUAAAGGCCUUAAAAGAGGAUGCGGCCACUUUCUCCUCUGUACGAGCAAUGUUUGCCACCAGGUGCGAUGAGUAUGUGACCCAGCUGGAUGAGAUGCAAAGACAGCUGGCCGCAGCUGAGGAUGAAAAGAAGACAUUGAACUAUCUCCUGCGAAUGGCCAUUCAACAAAAAUUGGCCCUCACCCAGCGUCUUGAAGACUUGGCAUUCGAUCAAGAGCAAACACACCAUAACCGUGGGAGCAGGGUGACCCGCAGGAAGACCAGCGCCCCCAAAGUAAGUCUCGCAACCUCAGCUUCAGCCUCAGAUUUGGUGCAGGGCUCUGGUUCGAACUUGGUCCCCAGUUGCUCCUCCCCUUCCUGCCUUAAUAGUCCAACAUCAGUUGUUUCUACUGCUACAGACUCGUCCUUAACUCUGACAUCCCCUAUAUCACACAUACCCUGCCGCAGUCCAUCGUCACCAGCGAUCGCCUCGACAGUCGAAACUCUGAUGGUAGAAAGUUCCCCGUCACUGGAGGUGUCAACCCCGUCCUCAACCCCUCAAAGGCUUACUCAGUCACGGUGGACCCUUGGAAUGCGAACGCUUGUCGUUGAUUCCCAUAGUUUCCGAAUUACAUCUCCUUUCUCCCGUAGCGCGACUCCUUCAAGACAUGUCACCCCAGAUACUCAAGCCACUACCAUGACAACAACCAGACCUAACCAAGCAGGCUCCGCCCCUUCGUCUCCCUAUCGAUCCCCAUUACUGGGUCUCAAACGCUCUUUGUGGAGCCCAUUACCCCGGACUCGUCCGUUGUCCAGGUUGACCGGUACCUCGGUGCAUCACAUUCCCUCGUCGUCCUCUCACUACUCUUCUUCCCACUCUCCGUCUUCCUCCCACAGUUAUUCACCCAUCUACUACAGCCCUUCCGGCACGACAUCAUACAGCCACUCUAGCCACUAUACUCCUCUCUACCCCAGAUAUUACAGUUCCUACCGACCCAGACACUGACCCUACAUUUUUAUUCCUCCUUGUUGAAACUAAAUCUUGCUUAAGUUCUCUUUUUCUGUUACUUGAGUUGUGUGAGUUCACAGAGAGGAGGAAAACAUGUGGCGUCCCUUUUCCCGUUUUCUAUUUUCCUGUGCCUACACUUUGGCCAAUGGAUUUGGAAUAUUUUGUGACAUUUCUCAGGGAGUUGAUACCAGGAGCACAAGUGGCCCUGCCUUCCAUUUCUUUCUGUGACGGCUCUUUAGUCGAAACGGGGACAUUAACAGACUUUUUUAGCAUUUUGAGUUGACAACUCACAUGCAAGAUUUGUUAAAAACAACAAAAGAAUUCUGAUAUUCACUGGACUAUCACAUAGCCUUUAUCAGUGUGCUAUCCACUCUGUUUGAAAUGAUAUUGAAACUCACAUUCUUUAUCCACAAAUGGUCAUCUGUAAGUGUUUUUACACUUUGAAGUAAAGGACUAAAGUGUGCUGUCUGGGAUGAAGUUGGUUAAUAC